AUGUCAUUACUUCUUCCGCUAAAAUUUGCCGUUAAUGUUGUUGUUGCUGACGCUCAAUUUACUGAAGAUAUCCAGUUAGAACCCUUAUUAUCACAACCAUCGAAUAAUGAUUUAUAUCAUUUAAAAAGUCAACAGACGCAUAAAAAUUGUCGUGCACCUUCAUCCGCAGAGCUGCAUUCUAUGUACGUUCGAAGUAAAAAGUUGCGUCUACUUAUGGCUCUUCGUUCUUCUCGUACAUGUUGUGUUGAAGCAGCUAAAUGGAUUCCAGUUAUAUUUAUUUUAAGCGUUGUAGCAUGGUCUUACUAUGCUUAUGUUGUGCAAAUGUGCUUUUUGACAGUGGAUAGCAUACCUAAAAAAGUUAUCUACUUAUUAAUUUAUCAUCCACUACUGUUUUUGUUUAUGUGGUCAUAUUAUCGAACUAUGUUCAAACCGAUUGCUGGGCCACCGCCCGACUUUUAUAUUUCGGAUACCGAAGCUGAACAUAUUGCAUCAGCUCAAACACUCGAUGACAGACGCAAUAUUUUAAUUCGUAUAGCACGUACUGCUAACUUACCAUUAUUAACUAGACAUUUUGAUGGAAGUAUUCGAUAUUGUUUCAAUUGUCGCUGUAUUAAGCCUGAUCGUGCACAUCAUUGUUCUGUAUGUGGAAAAUGUGUUCUAAGAUACGAUCAUCAUUGUCCAUGGACAAACAGUUGUGAUUCAUCAUCGUCAACGCCAGGAGCAACAUCAGCUGGAAAAUUUCAUUUAUUAUUUUUAUUUUUUGCUUCGAUUAUGUUUGCUAUUAGUGUAUCAUCAUUAUUUUUCUAUCACUUAUAUUUAAUAGGAAAAAAUCGAACUACUCUAGAAUCAUUUCGAGCACCGAUAUUUAUAGAUGGGCCAAAUAAAGAUGGUUUUAAUUUGGGUGUUAAACAAAAUUUUAUUGAAAUAUUUGGUUCUAGUCCAUUUUUAGCAUUCCUACCAGUGACAACAACUCUUGGUGAUGGUGUACAUUAUCGUGUGAACAGUGCUUUGUUAGGUGGCUUACACAAUCAAGUAGAACAAAGAAAAGCUCAAAGUAAUACAUUUAACAGAAGUAGCGAUGUUCUGAUACCGUUAGAUUCAAGUACAUCUAAUACCGAUGAUCGUGGAAAUUUUACAUCAUCAAAUUAUACGAAUAAUAGCGAUUAUUUAUUAAGCAGAUAA